UCUAUAGCUAAUUUAAAAUGGCAACGAAAAAAAUAACAUCAUUGUCCAAAAUAGAAUUUAAAAGUUUCAUGGAAUCUAUCGACGUAAUUCUAUCAGACUGUGAUGGCGUUCUAUGGAGAGAAACCGAAGUAAUACAAGGCUCACCUGACACUGUAAAUAAAUUUAAACAGUUAGGUAAAAGAUUCUUUUAUAUAACAAACAACAAUACAAAAACCAGAUCUGAAUUUGUAGAAAAAUGUAAAGGCCUUAAAUAUGAUGCAACAAUGGAGGAAAUAGUAUGUACUUCUUUUCUAGCGGCUGUUUAUCUUAAAGAGAAGAAUUUUGAUAAAAAAGUAUACGUAGUCGGAAGUGUGGGUAUCACCAAAGAACUGGAAGCCAUGGGGAUAAAACAUUGUGGAAUAGGACCUGAUGUCAUGGAUGGUGAUGAAGUGGAAAUGGUAAAAAACUUCAAGCCUGAUUCAGAAGUUGGAGCAGUAAUUGUAGGCUUUGAUAAGUAUUUCAGUUUUCCAAAGCUUGUGAAAGCUGCUACUUACUUACAAGAUCCGAAUGUCCAUUUUAUAGGAACAAACUGUGAUACAGAAAGACCUUCACCAAAUACUAAUCGAUUUCCAGGAACUGGUUGCUUUGUAAAGACAAUAGAAUCAGCAAGCAAUAGAACUGCAGUAAUGCUUGGAAAGCCUGAGUCAUUUGUGAGUGAACAUAUAAUCACGAAGUAUAAUUUGAAUCCUGAACGUACACUAAUGAUUGGUGACAAUCGUGAUACUGAUAUUCUUCUUGGGAAACGUUGCGGAUUUAAGACAUUACUUGUACUAACAGGAAUUACAACGCAAUCUGAUGUAGAUGCUAUUAAUGCAUCUACUGUGAAUUUUAAAGAUUUAAUAGUUCCAGACUAUUAUAUAGAUCACUUGGGUGAUAUACUAACAAUGAUUGAUUUAUCCUGA